GCGAGCCAGAGGGCGGAGCCGCGGGCCAGGCGGGCAGGUGCGCGCAGGCCGGAGGGCGGAGCCGCGAUGCCGCGAUGGAGCGCAGCCCGGGCGGGCGCCGGGGCCGGGGCCCGAGCACCAGGCGGAGCGCGAGCAGGAGCCGCAGCCAGAGCCCGGACCAGGCCGGGGGCCGGGACCGCCGGGCCGGGCUGCUCGUAGCGGCGGCGACGGAGCCCCCCAGCGGCUGAGGGGCUUCCUCCCAGCUCCUGCGGUGGCCGGGACUCUGCAAGCCCCCGCAGCCGGGGAGCGUGGGGAUCCCCCCACCACAUCCAGGACCCAGAGACCCUUAGGAAAGCGGGUGGCCCCUCCAGAUCCAACACAGAGCUAUUCCCCAGCCGGGGAAGGCGGAGACUACCUCCGUAUUCAGAAGACAGCGACCUCCCUGCGGUUCCGCGAAGACACCCCCUCUUCAGUCUGGGCCCCCACAAGACCUAGAACGCAGUGAUCCCCCUGUCCGGGAUUGUGGGGACCCCUUCUCAAGAUCCUGGCCAUUACAACUCCACACCUCAAGACACGAAGACCCAGCUCAGAACGCCCCUAGAUCAGGGGUAUUAGACCUCCCCCCCUCCCCGAUUCCGGCUCACAGAAACCCCAAAUCUAGGGACCCGAGGACAGCAAGAGCUAUCCCUCACCAGCAAGAGGCCUCUGGGACACCCCCCCCCCAAAGCUCCAGGACUGGGGCGACUGAGCCCCUCGCGGCGCCCUUCUCAUCCCAGCCCAUGGUUGUGGCGCCCUGAGCCCCCCGGGCCGGGCUGACGACGAAAACCGAGACGGCGCCCAGGCCCCCUGCCGCGGCGUCCCCGCGGCCCCAGCCCAGGAUUCGGAGAAGAUUCUGCCCGCUCUUCCAUCAUUCACACAUAGUCCACAGGCCACGGCCAGCCAGAAGGACCCGGCAGAACCUAACCUGGGCCCUGGCUGCGUUCCUGGACAUACUGCCCGCACACCUCUUCUCACCUGGGGCCACGACAGCCGAGAGCUGCAGCACAGAGGAAUCUUCGAAGGAAGUCUGGAGAAGAUGAGCGUGGGCUGCCCAGAGCCCGAGCCGCCCCACUCCCUGCCCUGCUGUGGGCCAGGGACCGCCCCUGGGCUGGGUGCAGGCGUGCCCCUCCUCACUGAAGACAUGCAAGCGCUGACCCUCCGCACGCUGGCCGCAAGCGACGUCACCAAGCACUACGAACUCGUCCGGGAGCUGGGCAAGGGCACCUAUGGGAAGGUUGACCUGGUAGCCUACAAGGGCACAGGCACAAAGAUGGCACUGAAGUUUGUGAACAAGAGCAAAACUAAGCUGAAGAACUUCCUGCGGGAGGUGAGCAUCACCAACAGCCUCUCCUCCAGCCCCUUCAUUAUCAAGGUCUUCGACGUAGUGUUUGAGACCGAGGACUGCUACGUCUUUGCUCAGGAGUAUGCACCUGCCGGGGACCUGUUUGACAUCAUUCCUCCUCAGGUGGGGCUCCCUGAGGACACGGUGAAGCGCUGUGUGCAGCAGCUGGGCCUGGCGCUGGACUUCAUGCACGGCCGGCAGCUGGUGCACCGCGACAUCAAGCCCGAGAACGUGCUGCUGUUCGACCGCGAGUGCCGCCGCGUGAAGCUGGCCGACUUCGGCAUGACGCGCCGCGUGGGCUGCCGCGUGAAGCGGGUCAGCGGCACCAUCCCGUACACGGCGCCCGAGGUGUGCCAGGCGGGCCGCGCCGACGGCUUCGCGGUGGACACGGGUGUGGACGUGUGGGCCUUCGGCGUGCUCAUCUUCUGCGUGCUCACCGGCAACUUCCCGUGGGAGGCGGCCUCGGGCGCCGACGCCUUCUUCGAGGAGUUCGUGCGCUGGCAGCGGGGCCGCCUGCCGGGGCUGCCAUCGCAGUGGCGCCGCUUCACCGAGCCGGCGCUGCGCAUGUUCCAGCGGCUCCUGGCCCUGGAGCCCGAGCGCCGCGGGCCGGCCAAGGAGGUCUUCCGCUUCCUCAAGCACGAGCUCACGUCCGAGCUGCGGCGCCGGCCCUCGCACCGCGCGCGCAAGCCCGCCGGGGACCGCCCGCCGGCCGCGGGGCCGCUGCGCCUCGAGGCGCCCGGGCCGCUCAAGCGGACGGUGCUGACCGAGAGCGGCAGCGGCUCCCGGCCCGCGGCCCCCGCCGUUGGGCCCGGGCCCGGGUCUGCGCCCGUCCCCGUGCCGGUCCCCGUGCCCGAGCCCGGCCUGGCUCCCCCGGGGCCCCCCGGCAGGACCGACGGCCGCCCAGACAAGAGCAAAGGGCAGGUGGUGCUGGCCACGGCCAUCGAGAUCUGCGUCUGAGCCGCCCCCGCCGCCCUCGGGCCCGGGGCGCCGUGUAGCAGCCAGGCCGGGGCGCGGGAAGACGCCCUGGGCCGAACCGGCCAGCCCCCCGCGGCGGCAGAAGGGAGUAGUGGUAGACGCCCGGCCCGCGGCGGGCUGGUGAGAUCGCCACCAAAAGGAGCCAAGCUCCCCAGGCCCGAGGAGCAAGCUCCCCAGGCCCGAGAGGCCCCCUGACACCAGGAGCAAGGGAGCUUGCCGGCAGACUUCCCACACCUCCCUGAACCCUGGAACCCUGACUAGUUGCUCCCGGCCCUUUGCACCCCCUGGCAGAUCCUGCAGGCCCACCCCCGGUCCUGCCCUCCCGGCCUCCCCGCCCCCCACCCCCACCCUGGGCACGAAAAGGGGCUGAAGUGCUGGGGCAGAGAAGGGCCUUAGGGCCCCUGGGCACUGGCUGGGAGGAGGGAGAUGAGCUGAGGGCGGGGGCGUCGCUCAGCGGCCACCUGCCCCUUUCCUGGGAGGCUGGAGGGGAGGGGCCAGCCCCCCUGCAAAAUGUAGCAAAUGUCUGGAGGCUGCAGAAGUGUGUAUGUGCAGACACAGGGCCCGACUCCCCACCACCCAGUCCCCAGAUGAGGACACUGAGCCCCAAAAGGAGGGCAGCCAGCCAAGACCACACAGCCAGAGAGGUGGAGCUCUGGCGGCCCUCCCCUCCCCCACAGGGAUUUCAGGACAACUGAAGGGCUCCGGGACCCCUACAUCCCUAGGCCAAGGGAGUGAGUGCAGGGCCGGGCCCGCCUGCCCACUGCACCUUCCCCAGGCCCGGGAAACCUCAGAUCCUUCUCAGUCCUCCCUGCCCCAGCCCAGACUCAGGGGUCUGGGCUUUUGGCAGGCGGCCAGGUGAUCUGUGCCAGGAAUCUCUCCCGGGUUUCUGCUGGGGUCUAACAUGUCAGCCCGGGGCUGACCCCAUCCCCACGUCUCCCAAGUUUCUGGUACUGGGGUGUGGGUGUGAGAAUGGGAGGCCCUGGAAGUGGGAGGGGGUGAGUGUGUAUUGAAUAGGUAUGUGUGCAGUGUGAGUGCAUGUGGAGUGCACAUGUGUGCGUGUAGCCUCGUGUGUUCAGUGGCUGCAUCCAGACGCCUCAGUAACUCCACCCCAGGAUUCUCAGCGGGCAGCUGCCAGAGGGCUUCCAGGCCUGCGGUUCAGCACACCCCUCAGGGAGCCCAGCAAGGAGGCACCUGCAGGUUGGUUCAGGACCCUAGGCAGCAAAACAGACCAGAGGGACCCAGCCUCACCCAGCACGACUCCACGACCCCCGCCCCCUCCGUGGAGGCCUGGGACCCCGCAAUAACCUCAACAUGGGUGAGGCUGCUCCCUCUGCCUGGCAGUGCCCCAUCCACUGUCCCGGGCCACACCUUCCAGGGUUCCUCCUGGGGUUCUCGGCCAUUUGAGGGGGCUCCCUGACAGACCAGGCUGACCAGAGGGGCCCCUCUGGCCUGAAGUCCCCACCUCUCCAUUCACCCUCAUUCACACCGCGCAAAAGGGCUAUAGGUCCCCCUGCCCUGCCCGGGUCCAGUUUACAAACUGUGCGGUUGCCCCAGGGCCUGGCCCCCACCCCUCCUUGGUGUGCCCACCCCUCUUGAGACCCACCUCCCCAGCGGGCAUUGGGGCCCUCCACAUGCCAGGUAAGUAGCAAACCCCUCCUCCCACCAAGGGCCAAGUCUCAGAGAAGGCCCCCCCAUCACUGCCCCCUGCCCACCUGGAGCCCAUCUGGGCACCUCUCCCAGCCGCAACUUCUCCUUUUGCCUUAGGCCUCUUGACAUCCUGUCUCUCCUGCAAUAACAAGGAAGCGAGAUUCCAAGUAGAUGCCCCUUGCGUGCGCCCUCUCACUCUCUCUCUCUCUCUCUCUCUCUCUCUCUCUCUCUCUCUCUCCCUCUCUCUCUCUCUCUCUCUCUCUGUUAAGAUCCUGUCUGAGAGUCUCUCCCUCAUAGUAUCUAGGAUGUUAGAGUGGGGAAGGGAUCGUAGUUCUGUAGUCCAGCCCCUGUUUCCGGAGGCACAGAGAAGGGGCAGCAGCGGCCAACAAGGAAGCAGGACUGGAACCGGGUCUGCGCCCUCCCCGUUGGGGCCUUGCUGCCGCUGCCGCCACCACCUCUGCUGGUUGGGCUGGGACCCUGUGCCCCUUAGGAGAGGUGUUGGUCACAGAUGUUUACCUCAGUUUAUGUCACUGUCGAAGAAAAAAUAAACAGCAAAAAAUAACAUCAUAAACAUGAAGACUUAGAAGACAAAACAAACAAACAAAAAAAAACCCCUCGCGAUUCUUCUGUGAAGGCGUAUGUGUGUGUGCGUGUGUGCCUGCAUCUCUGUCCUCCCCUGGGCAGGCCGGGUCAUCCCUGCCCUCUGUCCCAGCCCUGUGCCCCCCACACUGCCCCCUGUCCUUCGGUGCUUCCCAGAGGCCCCUCUGAGCUGGCCUGUGGGGUGUGGGGAGCCCCUGGAGGGGAGGCAGGGCCACAGGUUAGCUAGAGGGUCUCCCACCAGGCCAGCUGAGCAGAGCCCUAAGGCUGCCACUGCUCCCCGAGCCCACUCUGUGGCCGGCAGGACAGUCAUGAUGGCUGGCGUCGGCAUCCAAGCCUGGCUCAGGGCCUGGGUGGAAUCCCAGCCCCAGAGCCCCAGACCCUUAUGUUGCCACCGUCCCCCACCAUGUGUUUGUAAAUACUCUGGCAUCCUUUGGCCCUGAGAAGGUUUUUAAAUGUGUUAUUUACUUCUCUAAUCAUGACAAUUGCUAUAAAAUAAACAAAAGUUUAGAAAAAUUA